AUGGCUGUAUCUCACCCCGAGUUUAACGAGAAAUCCACGGCGACGGAAGUCGCUAGUGCAUUUGCAGGACAGAUUCAAGGCAAGAAUGUGGUCAUUACUGGCGUUGGACCAAAUAGCUUAGGCGAAGCCAUUGCACUGGCGAUAGCUAGCCAGCAACCCAAAAACUUGAUUCUGGCCUCUCGUACUGCGAACAAAGUCCAGGAAGUUGCCGACAAAGUGCAGGCACAGACCCCAGGAACAGCUGUCAAAACUGUGGUAUUGAAUCUUGCAUCUCAAAAAUCCAUCCAAGCUGCAGCAUCAAUAAUCCAGGGGCUACUCGACCACAUCGACAUCCUCAUCAAUAAUGCUGGAAUGAUGGUCCUAGAUCGAGAGACCACAGAAGAAGGCAUUGAGAUUCAGUUUGGAACAAACCAUGUUGGCCACUUUCUGUUCACAAACCUACUCAUGCCCCAACUGAAGAAUGCGGCUAAAGCCUCUGAGCCUGGGUCGACCCGAGUGGUUAAUGUCACUAGUGCUGGUCACCGCUUGUCGCCCAUCCGAUUCCAUGACUAUAACUGGGAGGGCAAAGAAGUUCCAAUAGAUGAGAGACCUCCUGAUGGACUGCCACCCAUGUUCAGUCCCACGGCAACCGGGUAUAAUGGAUGGUUAGCAUAUGGGCAGUCCAAGGCGGCCAACAUUCUGUUCACAGUUUACCUCACCCAGAAUCUUGCAUCUUCGGGCAUUGUAUCAUACAGUGUCCACCCUGGCUCUAUCUGGACAGGUCUGAGUCGAAGUCUUGAUGAGAAUGGUACUGAAACCAUGUCAAAAACCAGUAAAUUCUGGAAGACGCCCGAUCAAGGCGCAGCCACCAUGCUCGUAGCUGCUUUGGACCCGGGAUUGAACGUUGCAUCUGAUCCAUCGGCCGUUUAUCUCAGCGAUUGCCAGUUUGCCACCGCAGUACCUCACGCUGUCAGCUUGGAAGCCGCCGAAAAAUUGCACCGGUUGAGUGAAGAAUUGGUGGGGAUGCAGUUUCCCCUAUGA